AUGCGCUCGCUCACCUGCGUGCUCUCCUUCGUCACCCUCGUGGACCUGUCACUUGUGGUCUCGUUUCCAUACCACUCAAAACGCUUGCUGUACGACAUCAGCAGCCAGCAUACAGACGGAGCCUACUUCAAUGAUGUCUCCCAAUUCAAGUUCGAGCCUUACAACAUCACUGAAAUCAGUAUCUUCUGCGACCGACCGGGCCCAGCAUUCGACUACUCCUGCAAUCUUACAUUCAACUGGUUCGACCCCAACUCGGUCAGAGAGAACCGUGUCACGUCAGGUACCUGCCACAUAUCGUGGUCGUGGGACGGAACGACCAAGCACAAUGCGACCUGGGACGGCAGCAACCCCGUCGCCAAAUACUGGGGAUGCUGGAUCGACGAGGAGACCUACUUCAAGGCGGCUGUUCCCGGAUUCUGGCAUCCCGGCAACUUUUCGCUGGAACUUUCGCACCACUACAAGGACGACGAGUGA